AUGCUGUUCGCGUUAACGGCGGGGAAUCUGACCAUCCUCCAGGCCAAGGACCUUGCUAGAGUGCGUAAUAAUCAACGGAAAUGCCGAGCGCGCCAGAAGGAGUACAUUCGCGAUUUAGAACAGAGAGUGCAACUUUACAAAAUAACGCAGCAUGCUCAGCUUGAUGUCUUGCAGAAAAAAAUAGAACUCCUCUCAGUCGAAAAUCAGCUCCUAAAACACUUCGUGGAAUCAGUAACGCCGAUCAUGUAUUUGGCGUUUGCAUCUCCUUUGCCACCAUCGCGCGAGGCCGGCGCAGGAACAACUGGAUCAGAAGUGGGCUUUGAUCUGCUUCUAUCUUCAGACUAUGCCACCACGUCUAAGUUGGUGCCUGGGGCGACGAGUGCACUACAGGACUCCAAGUCUAUUGAUAUUAGUAAUGAUCUUUUCGAAGGAAGUAUGAUGGCAUCAAAUACUUUCCUGCCUGAGUGUCUCCUGUUUGAUGACCAGGCCGUAUACAUGCCAGAUCUACCGACAAGUGUGGCAGAGAUUUCCGAAACGUUGCGUUUCCCGCAAACAGAAACAGAGUUCUCCAUUUCCGUUCUCAUGAACUCGAAACAUACCUAUCGCUCUGUGCAAGAGCGCUAUGCUGGUGUUGCGAACCAGGCCGACCCUAAUAACCAGGGAACUUAUGAACAAAAGGUGGCAACGGCAUUUGGAUAUGAUCUGGAGGAGUUACGCUCUAUUCCCGAUAAUGCGAAUCUAGGUGUUAGCUGUGGGAAUCCACUGGCAACAGCAAAUAUUGGCUUAGGCGAGACAGUGGUUGAUUUAGGUAGUGGAGGGGGAAUCGACGUUUUGCUGGCCGCAAAGAAGGUUGGACCGAAUGGAAAGGCCAUCGGUAUUGAUAUGACGAAGGACAUGCUGGAAUUGGCGCGUCGGAACGCGAGAAAUGCCGGGGCCAUUAAUGCAUCGUUUAUCGAGGCAUUUAUCACUUCUAUCCCAUUACAGUCAUGCACCGUUGAUUGCAUCAUCAGUAACUGCGUGAUAAACCUGGUGCCUGAAGCCGAGAAGCCCCUUGUUUUUCAAGAGGUAUUCCGCCUGCUAAAGCCGGGAGGUAGGAUUGCAAUCAGCGAUAUUCUCGCAACGCAAGAGCUUCCUAUGGAGAUAAAGAAGGAUCUCUCUUUGUACGUUGGUUGUAUAGCUGGGGCUAGCCAGGUCGGCGAUUAUGAAAGAUACCUAAAAGACGCAGGGUUUCAAGAGGUGUUGAUUUUCAACACUAACAGCGACCUAAACAUUUACAAGGAAAUGUGGCGAAGUGAAACAGCCGACGAGCCGGCCCCUACAAGCUCAUGCUGUGAUCCUGCGAAACCCAAUAUAUUCAAGGGGACAAAGAAAUUGCCGGACGUCGAUUUUAACCACUGGACUGGCUCCUUCAAGAUAUUUGCCGUGAAGCCCGACAUUCACGGUUGA